GCGAAACUAAGCAAAGCAAACGCCAGAAAAUAUGGGAGUUCAAGGUCUGUGGGAGCUACUGGCCCCCGUCGGCCGCCGUGUGUCCGUCGAGACCCUCGCCGGAAAGAAGCUCGCCAUCGACGCGAGCAUAUGGUUGGUCCAGUUCAUGAAGGCGAUGCGAGACGAGAAGGGGGAGAUGGUGCGGAACGCCCACCUGCUCGGGUUCUUCCGCCGCAUUUGCAAGCUCCUGUUCCUCAGGACCAAGCCCGUGUUCGUCUUCGACGGUGGCACGCCGGCCCUCAAGAGGCGCACUGUAAUCGCUCGCCGGAGGCAGCGGGAGAAUGCCCAGGCCAAAAUCCGGAAAACGGCCGAGAAGUUGCUCCUCAAUCAUCUUAAGUCAUUGAGACUGAAGGAGUUGGCGAACGAUAUAGAGAAUCAGAGACGGAUGAAUGAUUCCAAGGGUAAGAAAGUUGUCUCUGAGAAAACCGAGGUUCCGAACGAUCACCCUGAAGACGAUGGCAGGACUUUGAGGGGUUAUGAUCAGGAAAUGCUAGAUGAGAUGUUGGCAGCGUCCAUUGCUGCGGAGGAGGAAGGGGCAUUGGCAAAGGGGACCUCCACAUCCAAUGCUGUCCAGUCCGAGGAAGAUGAUGAAAAUGUAGAGAUUAUUUUGCCUGAAAUUACUGGAGAGGUUGAUCCUGCAUUGCUGGAUGCUCUGCCUCCUGAUCUUCUUGCUCAGAUGAGGGGGAGGUCCACAGCCAAAAAUUUGAAUAUUCAACAGGCUGAUAGAGGGAAAAACAUUUUAUUAAGUGAUUCAGAAGGAAAGGAAGCAGUAUCAAGGAAUCACGAGCAGGAGAAGCUGGAUGCAAUGCUUGCAGCUUCCAUACUGGUCGAAGAAGGUGGCAGUCUUUUUAAUAAUGCGUCAACAUCUUCUGCCACAGCUCUUUCUGAUGAAGAAGAUAAUGAUGCAGAUGAAGAGAUGAUUGUGCUAGAAAUGCAAGGAAUUGUCGAUCGUGAUGUAUUAGAUUCUCUGCCUAUAUCAAUGAGGCUUGAUCUUUUUGCACAGAUGAAAGAGAGGCAAAUGGCAGAAAAUAGGCAGAAGUAUCAGGAAGUUAAAAAGGCUCCUGAAAAAUUUUCCGAGUUACAAAUACAGUCAUACCUUAAGGCUGUUGCUCUUCGUCGGGAAAUAAAUCAAGUGCAGAAAGCUGCUGCUGGAAUUGGGGUAGGUGGUGUGCGGACUUCAAGAAUAGCCUCAGAAGCCAACAAAGAAUUCAUAUUCUCCUCAUCGUUUACUGGGAAUAAAAAAGUGCUAGCAUCCGCUGGAGUUCAGAAGAACAAGGAUGGACAAAAUCCAGAGCAGAGGGAGAAUCCUUCUUCAAGUUCCCUUGGUACUUUUCCAUCAACUAGCAAGUCUAAGACGGCGUCAGAAUUGGCUCCAGACAAGUACAAAAAGGCUCUUGAUGAUGGGGUUCAAACUUUUCUAGAUGAGAGGGGACAUAUCCGGGUUAGUAGAGUGAGGGCGAUGGGAAUUCGUAUGACCCGAGAUCUUCAGAGGAACUUAGACUUGAUGAAAGAGAUUGAGCAGGACCAGGCUCCUUCUGAGUCGCAUACGAGUGGGUUAGCGAGAAAUAAAAGUUCAUCAGAAGCUUCAGAUAAUGGUAAUGGUAAGUCCGUGGACCUAAAUGAGAGAAAUGAGCCCUCUAUGUUUGGAAAUGAGUCUUCCAUUCAGAUAUCUUUUGAAGAUGAUGGAGAUAUCAAUGUUCCAGAUGGUGAUGAGGAAUUAUUUGCUCACUUAGUAGGAGGAAGCUCAUUGAAAGUUUCAUCUUCUGACAAAAUUCCAUGUGCCGCAGAGUCUUUAGAGACUGCUUCAGAUGUUGACUGGGAGGAAGGACAGGUGGAUAGAAUUUCUGAGGAUGGUAAAGUAGAAACCAAGUCUGUUCAUGACAGUGGCUGCAUAGGUGAUGAGAGUGAAGUGGAAUGGGAGGAAGGGGUUUCUACUAGCCCAAAAGAGAACCUCUUCUCCAGUAAAGCAUCUUCUGACAAACCAGCUUCUAAAGGAUCUUUAGAAGAAGAUGCUGAGUUGCAGGAGGCCAUAAGGAGAAGUCUGGAAGAUAAAAGGUUUAGUGUUAUGUCAAGCAAGGAUGAGACACAGCAAAGUUAUGGAGUGAAUAGUCGUGAGCACAUUCUAUUAUCAGCUUCACAAAAGACUGUAGAUGGGCAACAUACCUUACCAGAGGAUAUUACGGAGUCAGGUUCUGAAGCAAAAGAUGAUGCAGUAAAAAGCAACUCUGCAGAUGGAACCAACAUCCUAGAAAGGGAGGAAUCAUGUGGAAUACUAGAAGGUUCUUCUGUUCAACUUUCAAAGGAAGAUACUGAUGAAAAUGGGAAUCUGCCUGAGAGUGAACUCUUAUCAUGCACAUCGCUUCCAACGGAACCAGAUACUGCAAAUUUGAAUGCACAAGACUUGUUAAAUGUUUCAUCUGAGAGGGGCGGGGCACCUGCCUCUGCCGAUGGACCGGUAAUGAUUAUUCCCAACAUAUAUUAUCAGACUUCUGCUGAGAUGCAUAAUACCAAGGCAGUAUUGUCACAUCUGACAACUGAAAGAACUAACCUUGAGGCUCAAUUGUUGGGGUCAUCUGCAUCAGGGAAUGAUGUCAAUGUAAAGCAAACUGCUGAUGGCAAUCAUAGGGAUGAUUUCUUAGGAAAGCUGCAGAGUGCGGAGGAAUUUGUGGUUGAAACCAAUGGAGAUGCACAGUUUGAUAUCACUAAAUCUAGUUUGGAGGAGGAAAUGCGGAAAUUGAGUCAAGAAUGUAUAGAUCUUGGUAAUGAGCAGAAGAAGCUUGAAAGAAAUGCAGAAUCCAUUAACCGCGAAAUGUUCACAGAAUGCCAGGAGCUGUUGCAAAUGUUUGGAUUACCAUAUAUUAUUGCGCCAAUGGAGGCAGAAGCUCAGUGUGCAUAUCUGGAACUGACAAACCUUGUUGAUGGGGUGGUGACUGAUGAUUCAGAUGUAUUCCUGUUUGGGGCAAGAAGUGUUUACAAGAAUAUAUUUGAUGAUCGGAAAUAUGUUGAGACUUACUUUAUGAAGGACAUAGAGAAGGAACUUGGUCUAUCUAGGGAGAAAUUGAUUCGGAUUGCUAUGCUCUUGGGAAGUGAUUAUACUGAAGGGAUCAGUGGAAUAGGAAUCGUUAAUGCCAUCGAGGUCUUAAAUGCAUUCCCGGAGGAAGAUGGCCUACAGAAAUUCCGUGAGUGGAUUGAAUCGCCAGAUGCUAGCAUACUUGGAAAGGUUGAUAGACGAGCUGGAUCUACUCCUAGGAAACGAGGAGCAAGAGGUUCAAAGGGCGAUACAGAAGGAAAUCCUGCGAAAGACGAAAAUGAUUCCCAGUCUGAUUUCGAUAACGUUCAAGAGUUAAAGCAGUAUUUCAUGGAGAAACAUAGAAAUGUGAGCAAGAACUGGCACAUUCCUCCGUCUUUUCCUAGUGAGGCAGUAGUAUCUGCUUAUUCUACUCCUCGAGUGGACAAAUCUGCUGAGCCUUUCUUGUGGGGAAAGCCAGAUAUUUUCAUUUUACGCAAAUUAUGCUGGGAAAAGUUUGGGUGGAAUAGCCAGAAGGCAGAUGAGUUGUUACUUCCUGUUCUGAAUGAGUACAAUAAACACGAGACCCAAUUGCGCUUGGAAGCAUUUUACACUUUCAAUGAGAGAUUUGCGAAGAUCCGUAGCAAGAGAAUAAAAAAGGCUGUUAAAGGGAUAUCUGGACGACAAUCAUCAGAAUUAAUGGAUGACGCUGUUGAAGUUAAUUCGAAGAAUAAAAAGAAAAGAAGAGGAAAUGCAGGUGAACUUGAGCAGCAUAAACUAGAGAAACCUUCUGACGUAUCUGAAGAAGUUGUUGCUGGAAAUCGUAGUAAUACCACAAGAAGAUCGAUGCAAGGUCAGUCAAGGAAAAGGAAAGCCAGUGGACAGCCUGUGAAUUCUGAAGGAAAUUCCUUGGAAACACCUAAAUUGGCAGAAAGCAGUCAAGGAGCCAAUAAAAGAUCUCAUGGAAAUAAAAGGGAUCGAGGUGGCGGGAGAAGCUGGAGGACAAGAGGAGGAAGCCGGACAGGUGAUCCUGCUUCUGGAAUAUCUGAAGGCAGCUCUGGUGAUGAUAACAGUGAUGACAAUGAGUUGAAAGUCUGUGAUGAGAAGCUCGAGGGAAUGCAAGAUGUGCGGAGGUCUGGACGUAAUAGGAAAGCUGUGAACUACGUGGAAAACUUGGAAGAUGAUGAGAGCACUAGGCCAUUCCUUAAAGAUGAUGAAGCUGAUAUAGGACAAGGUAGACAGGGCGGUGAUGAUGGUCCUUCAGAGGAUGAUUAUCUCAGAACAGGUGGUGGCUUUUGUGUAGGAGAUGGAAAGACAAACGCAGAUCUUGAUGGUUCUGGCAGCCCUCCUGCUGAGUCUCCCCUACGAAAGGAUGAGGAGAACUCCCAAAAUCUCGAAUCUACAGACAAAUUCAACGGUGGGAAUAUUGAUGCUGUUCAGGUGACUGCAGAUGGAUUUCAUGACCCAGUGACGGCAAGCUCUCCUGCUGUUCAGCAUAAUCUUGAAUCUAGUAAUUCCACGAGCACCGGCACUCUCUGCAAGGUUAAUGUUUGUGAGGAUAAGACCAAAGAUGAUCCACAUAUAUCCUCUGGAGGAGCUUUGAGCGCUAUGCCCUUCUUGAAGAGGAAGCGCAAGAAAACCUGAACAUUUUAGAUUUUCUUGAGUUAGUCUAGGGUUUUGAACACUGUAAACCGGCGCAGGCACGGCCGACAUGGUAAAUGUAUCUGCUGGCCUUGCUGUUGGGAUCUUCAAGCUAUAGUUAUGCGCGUGCCUUAAAUAUUUAGUCCUGUAAACUCGUAAGUUACAUUUAGGCAUCUAGGUCAUAUGUAUCCCAUCGAGGUGCAAGUUUUUGUACAAAUUUCAAUGUUAAAAUUUAUCUCAUGUUAGUUUGUGUUUAAAUGCA